AUGGCAGCCACCAACUUUGUGCAGGAGAUGAGUGCCGUGGGUGAGAGGCUGCUGCUCAAGCUGCAGAGACUGCUCCAGGCUGAGCCCGUGGAGAUCGUGGCCUUCUCAGUCAUCCUCCUCUUUGCAGCCACUGUUCUGCUGCUGCUGCUGAUAGCCUGCAGUUGCUGCUGCACUCGCUGCUGCUGCCCUGAGCGGAGAGGCAGGAAGGUCCAAGUGCAGCCCAUGACCCCACCAUGAGGGACACUGAGGUGGCCGAGGAGAAGCUGCAGAGGAGACUGCCAGAGCCAUGACACAGGCUAUCAGCCUGGCCCUGCCCAGGCACCUGGACACUGAUGCUGGAGCUUUAUCAAGGAAACAAGGGCUGGCAUGGGCACAGAGCUCUCAUCUGCCAGUGGACCCUGGGUGCCGAGGACGGGCUGACUGUUUCAAAGACUGAGUAAACCACCUGCGAUUCUUCGCCUACCUGCACUUUUUAACAAACAAGGAAGCAGAGGGCCCUAUACCUUGAUGGAGAACAGCCCCCACCUGUGGGGAGCUGGCCCUUGGGGCUCUGCUGAUCCACACGCCACAGAGGAGCAAGCCAAUCAGAGGGGCUUUGUGCAAUAGCUACUGGACCCCACGCUCCCGCCAGAGCGGGAACAUGUCAGUAUUCUAGUCCAGCGUUUGCCUGUUUA